AUGCAGGUCCAAGAUGAUCUCGCAACCCUCUUCUCCCGCAACUUAACCUUCAACACUGAAGUCCAGCCCAAGGAAGAAGAGGAAGUCAAGCAGUCCCCGGAACCCGCCCUUGCCAGUCCCGCCCCAACACCGGCGCCCAUCAUCUACUCCAUCACUCAGCAUUAUACCCACUCCGCCCACGUUGUGCGUCAGCAAGCCCAAGAAGCCCCUAUUCAACGCCCCUCCUCCGAGCCUCCCCAGACCGAGCAGUUGACUCCCGAGGCCGUCCUUAGCCAACACGGCGUCGACCCUUCAGUCCUCUCUCCUUCUCAGAUUCAGCUUUUCCGAAUUUCCGAAGAAGCCCACCAGCUGCGACUUCUUGAGAUCUGGCGCGCCGCACCCCCCACCUCGAGCACAGAGAACCCGUCGCUAGCAUGGACAAGCACAACACUCGAGCAAGAGGAGCAGCUGGCGAGACUCCGAUAUGAGCGCAUGGAAGCAGAGAAGCAGCAACAGGAGCAACAGCAGCAGCAGAACGCCGUCAUGAGCCUCGACGGUACCCAAGUUCAGUCAGACGAUAGCCGCUGGCUGGCAAGUUCCAUCACCUCGCAAGUCGAGCCGUAUAUGAUGUCUGGCUACGAGGAGCUUAUGCGUCGUGAGUACGAGCGCGAGCAGGAGCUGGCGCAGGCCUCUCCCCCUAACAACUAUUCCCACUACGGCUCUGCAGUCGGCACCAGCGGCUAUAAGCCGGCUACCGACCCCGUCUACAAGGGCUUUGGCGACGACUGGGCCCGCGAGCAGAGCCUCCAGAUGCAGAUGCAGAUGGAGAACCAGUAUGGUGCCUUCCAGCACUACGGAAGCGGCAACAUCGAGGCCAUGGAUAUGUAA